AUGGCUUGCUUAUCUGAGGGUUCUUGCACAGCACUUAGUUUUCAUCAAUCAACUUUGAUUUGUCAACUGUUCGCCAGUUUAUCAAAUCAAAAUGGUAAUAUGUUGGCUGACACAGAUACUUAUUCAAUGAUAGUCAUCACUGGGACGCGACUACCACCUGAAUCUACUACGAUAUCAACAAGAACCUCAUUAACAACAUUCUCAACAAACUCACCAUCAACAAUAUCAUCCUCAACAAACUCACCAUCAACAACAGCACCCUCAACAAACUCAUCAGCAACAACAGCAUCCUCAACAAACUCAUCAGCAACAACAGCAUCCUCAACAAACUCAUCAGCAACAACAUUCUCAACAAACUCACCAUCAACAAUAUCAUCACUAACUUCAUCAAUAACAUCAUUAACAACAUCGAUAACAAUCUCAUCAACAAUAACAUCCUCAUCAUCAACAUCAUCCUCAACCACAUCCUCGACAACCUCAUUAUCAACAACAUCCUCAACAACAUCAUCCUCAUCAACAACCUCAACAACAUCCUCAUCAUCGACAACCUCAUCAACAACAACCUCGACAACAACAUCAUCAACAACAACAUCCUCAACCACAUCUUCAACAACGUCAUCCUCAACGACGACAUCAUCAUCAACAACAACAUCCUCAACCACAUCCUCAACAACCUCCUCGUCAACAACAACAACCUCAUCAACAACAUCCUCGACAACUGCGACAACGACAACAACAACAUCAAAAGUUUGUAAUAGUACGUUUCUCAGUCAAAUUGUUUACACAGUUGGUGCACAACUAUAUGGAGUAGCUUUAGUCGAUAUGAACGGCGACAACAAACUCGAUAUUGUUAAUACAAAUGCUAAUUCACAAACCGUUAGCAUACUCUUCAAUACAGGCAAUGGCAAUUUUUCUUCCCUAACUAAUUACUCAGCAGGUCAAACUCCUUAUGCAGUAGCAGUAUCUGAUCUAAACAAUGACAACAAACCUGAUAUUAUCGUCACAGAUGUUUAUUCAAACAACACCGGUGUUCUCCUCAACAGAGGCAACGGCACUUUUUCUCCUCAAGUUAUUUAUCCAGUUGGUAUGAGUCCACGAUCAAUAGCAGUAGCUGAUAUGAACAGCGACAACAAAUCUGAUAUUGUCAUCGUGAACUAUUAUUCAAACACGGUUGGUAUUCUUCUCAACACAGGCAAUGGCACUUUUUCUCCUCAAAUUACUUACGCAGUUGGUUCAAUGCCACAGUCAGUGGCAGUAACCGAUGUGAAUAACGACACGAAACCCGAUAUUAUCGUCGCAAACUAUGGUGAAGUUUUCAUCAGUAUCCUUCUCAACAGAGGCAACAACACUUUUUCUCAAAUUACGUAUUCAGUUGGUUCAAAUCCAUUCUCAGUAGCAUUAGCCGAUGUUAACAGCGACAAUAAACCUGAUAUUAUCGUUCUGAUUCGGAGUUCAGGCAUCCUCGCUGUUCUGCUGAACAGAGGCAACGGCACAUUUUUUUCUCAAACUAAUUACUCAAUUGAUGGAACUGCAACGCAAGUAGCAGCAGCCGAUAUGAACAGCGAUAAUAAACCUGAUAUUGUCAUUGCAGAUUAUGGUUCAGACGCCGUCAGUGUUCUUCUCAACACAGGCAACGGUACUUUUUUUCCUCAAACUGAAUACUCAGUUGGUCCUUUACCAUUCUCAGUAGCAGUGGGUGAUGUGAACAGCGAUAAUAAACCCGAUAUUGUCGCAGGAAACUACAAUACAAACACACUCAGUGUUCUUCUACAUUGUUAA